CCAGUCCUUUCUCGCCUCGCCUUUCCGUCGCCGGGUCCGGGCCUGUCUUGGUCUUGGCCUUAAAGAAAGCAGGAACGCCGCCUCUCGACUUAUUCUCCCCAAUCCCAUUGUUGCUGAUUCCCUCCUCUCCAGCUUUCGUGAAUAUCGUCAAACGCACCCUCUUCUCCUAUAUAAGGCGUUGAGGGGAUCAUUUCCUCGCGCUUUUUCCUUCGAUAUUACGUUUUUCCUUCGUUUGCAGAGGCCUGUUCUUCGUUCUGUCACGCUUUUGCAUCUUCAAUACCAGUCCCUGACCUCAUUGUGCUUUGGUAGGCGAUCAGCCACGGAACGGAAACUUGCCUUGAACUUCACAACUAUGAGUUACAGCUCUGACGACGAUCGCCCUCUUGCGAGGGCCAACGGCCAUAAACUCUCCUCGUCCAAGAUUUCUCGCGCCGAAGAUGAAGCUCUGGAUCAGCCAGUAUCCAAGCAGGCUGCUAAGAUGGCUGGUCUGUCCGUUCGCAACGGUCCUCUUGAAGACGCAAUGGACAUCGAUGAACCAGCUACCAACGGAGCUAGCAAACGUAAAUCGCGUACCUCUAUCAACAAGGUCAACUACAAGGACGAUGAGUCAAGUGAUGAUGCUGCUCCUCUGGUUCGUAUUCAUGACACAGGAAAACCCUUCCUGUGGGGCCAGGUAUGCUGACAGUACUAUUGCAGGCCAAGCGGCAAAAGAAGCAAGCCAACAGAGUUCCUGAAUCCGACUCCGACGAUGAACCCAUUGCAAAAGCCCGAGGAAAGAAACUUCCCCCUUCCUACGACGAGACUGCCUUGCCCGAGUCCUCGGGCGAUGACGACGAGCCCCUUAGUGUGAAGCUCGCGCAAAAGAAGCGCGGCAUGGAGAAGGAAGCUGAGAAACAAGCCAAAGCCAUACGAGCCAAAGAAAGAGCCAAGAAGCCUGUGGCAAAGAACGCUGUCAAGGAUGAGUCCGACGACGAUGUCCCACUUGCAAAAUCCUCAGCAAGUAAGCGUCGAUCUAACGGAACUGCCGCGAAGCGGAAGUCGAAUGGUGUCAAGAAAGAGGAGUCAGAUUCGGAUGCGCCCAUCUCCAAGAAGGCCAAGGCUAAACCAGCCUCAUCUGCUAAGAAAGCCGUCAAGGCAGAGUCCAAAAAGGCUAGUGAGAGUGAGGACGAAGAAGAGUAUGCUUGGUGGAACGCACCAAAGAAGGAAAAUGAUGAUAUCAAGUGGACAACUCUUGAGCACAAUGGCGUUCUUUUCCCGCCCGAUUACGAGCCUUUGCCCAAGCACGUCAAGAUGCUCUACGAUGGACAACCAGUUACUCUUGCUCCCGAGGUUGAAGAGGUCGCCACCUUUUGGGUUGCCAUGAUGACUCCUGCAUCCUCUCAUCACCUAGAGAACCCUGUUUUCCGCAAAAACUUCUUUGAAGAUUUUAAAGAAUAUUGCGACAAGUACGGUGUUAAAGAUGCACAGGGAAAGAAGGUCGCCGUCAAAUCGCUCGAAAAAUGCAACUUCGAUAAGAUUUACGCAUAUUGGAGCGAGAAGGUGGAACAGAAUAAAUCUAAAAACAUGACCAAGGAAGAGAGGGAGGCUGCGAAGGCGAAGAAGGAUGCCCUCGAAGCCCCCUUCACUCACUGUUUAUGGGAUGGUAGAAAGCAGAAGGUUGGCAACUUCAGAGUCGAGCCUCCCAGCUUGUUCCGUGGACGUGGUGAACAUCCCAAAACCGGUAAAGUCAAGCAACGUGUCCAACCCGAGCAAAUCACCAUCAACAUCGGCAAGGGUGCCAAGGUCCCCGAACCUCCCAAGGGACACAAGUGGAAGGCUGUGCAGCAUGAUCAAAAGGCAACCUGGUUAGCCAUGUGGCAGGAGAAUAUCAACCAAAACUACAAGUACGUCAUGCUUGGAGCUGAUAGCGAUAUCAAAGGUCAGAGUGACUUCAAGAAGUUUGAGAAGGCACGGGAACUCAAAAAGCACAUCGACCGGAUUCGCAAGGACUACACCAAGGAGCUUAAGAGUGAAAUAAUGGCAGAUCGUCAACGAGCCACGGCCAUGUAUCUGAUUGACAAAAUGGCACUUCGAGCCGGUAACGAGAAAGACACAGAAAACGAGGCCGACACUGUGGGUUGCUGCUCUCUCAAGUAUGAGCAUAUCACACUUGAGCCUCCUAACAAGGUUACAUUCGAUUUCCUCGGAAAGGACAGUAUUCCAUACAGAGAGACUGCCGUUGUUGAGCCUCAGGUCUUCAAGAACCUGAAGCUUUUCAAGAAGGCGCCCAAGACUACAGGAGAUGAUCUCUUCGAUCGCCUCAACACGGCUCAGCUGAAUAGGCAUUUGACCGGCUACAUGAAGGGUCUGACCGCCAAGGUUUUUCGUACUUACAACGCUUCCUGGACAAUGUCAGAACUGCUCAGGAAGCUCGCUUCGGAUCCUCGCUCUCGUGGCACAGUUGCUGAAAAAGUAAAACUGUACAAUGACUGUAAUCGUGAGGUUGCCGUUCUGUGCAACCAUAAGCGAACCGUUGGCGCUGGGCACGAGCAGCAAAUGGCCAAGCUUGGUGACAGGAUUAAAGGCCUCCGCUACCAGCAAUGGCGAACAAAAAUGAUGAUUCUCGAUAUCGAAUCUGGUUACAAGAAGAAGAAGGGUGCCGCCUGGUUCGAGAGGGAUGAAGAAUUAAAUGACGAGUGGGUCAAGGAGCACCAGCAAUUCUUACUUGAGGAGCAGCGUACAAGGAUCACCAAGAAAUUUGAGAAGGACAACGAAAAGCGCAAGGCAGACAAAGAGAAGCCUCUCCCCGAGAAGGAGUUGAAAGAACGUCUUCAGGCUGUCAAGGAGAUGGAAGCCAAGUUCAAAAAGGAGAACAAGACCAAGAAGGUAGAGGCUGAAGGCAGAGGCGUUACUGUCGACAAGCUUCUGAAGGCUGUGGACAAGUUUGAUGAACGCAUCAAGACACUGGAGCUUCAGGCCCAGGAUCGUGAUGGCAACAAGGAGGUGGCCCUCGGCACCUCCAAGAUCAACUACAUUGAUCCUCGCCUCACAGUAGUCUUCUCCAAGAAGUUCGACGUUCCUAUCGAAAAAUUCUUUUCCAAGACUCUUCGUGACAAGUUCCGAUGGGCCAUCAAGUCUGUUGAGGAUGAGGAUGACUGGACCUUCUAAGUUCUCCGCGAGGGUGUUGGCGUAUAAAAAGAAAUCGUGCAGGAGGUUCUUGGUUCUAUUGCUUUUAUACUAAUUUGCUUGCUUUUUUUGUUGUUGUUGUUUUUUCUCGGAAGUUUUGUAAGAAUACUCGGAUAUUGCUUUCGACAUGAGCCAGGACGAGGCAAAGGAGACAAGAGGAGAAGGCACACCGAGCGAAGCGCGAGCUCGCGAUGUGCUUUUUGGGUGCAGGGUGAACGGCCGUAGAACGCAGACGACGAAGUCGCAGGCGCUGAGAUGGGUUUCUCGGAGCAUUCAAGGGGGUUAUUGGCGGUAGAGAUUUUAGUAUCAUAGAAAUCAUACCUAUAGAACAAGCACUUCGCAUGCUAUUGAAGUUUGGUGGCCUCAAGAAAGGGGUUGACACCACCCAUGGCUCUGCUAAGGCUCAAGCAUGGAUGAGACGGGCACGAUUCUGAUAACUAUAUUUACUAGUGCUCUCUUUUUCAAACAUUUGUAUGGCCAGAGGAAUGUGUUGCCCAUUUUAGAGUAUAUAUUGAUCCUCGGAGAAUAUGUAGGUUGGUUCUCUCAUUAUACACCGCCUGUCUAUCUCAUGUUUGCCAUGUGUCUAUUCUUUAC